AAAUGGCAUUUUUUUAAAGGACGGUGUAAUAGAAGUGCCAAACUUAGUGCAUCAAUUAGACGUUCUUCCUGUUGGGGAUGACUUCAAGAGGGCUUUUGUCCUUUUCGCUUGCGGAUCACUUCUAGCACCCAUAUCGAAAAAUGAGACAAGCAAAAGGUUAUUGGCAGCGGUUGACAAUGUGGAUGCUAUUAAAUCAUAUAAUUGGGGGAAGUUUGUUUUAGAUUGGUUGAAAAAAGGAAUUGCGUCCUAUAAAGGAAAGGAAGGAAGAGAAGGUUGUACAUACAUACAUGGAUGCUUGUUCUUUCUCAUGCUUUUCUACCUACACCGUGUGGAUGUCAAUGGACCAAAACCGAAGCCUGAGAUGUCAUGCGUACGUGGAUGGACCAACAAAUUAAUAGGCGAGAGGUUGAAUUUGGAGAAGCAUAAAUAUAAUGGUUUCGGCUUCGGUGAGGUAAAGUUUACAACUGAUACAUCUGAAGAUGCCGAUAAGGAGUUGGCAUAUGAAAUUAUUAAAGUUGUUAAGAAAUGGAAGCAACGGCACAAUGUAGGCCAAGGCAGGGGGUCGAGAUCCUCAGAACCCAGUUCAUCCACACGACAACCUAACCCAUCUUCGCAAUUGUUUGCACAACACAAUCCGAUUGAGGAGGAAGAUGAAUCCCACAUACCAGUGGAGGAGGAAUUCGAAACCUCCACAAGACAAGCAAACUCACCCUGGCAAUCUUUUACAAAACACGAUCCCAUGGAGGAGGAAGGAGAAAUCCCCGCACCAAUGGAGGAGGAAGUGGGAACCUCCACAGCAAUGGAAGAGGAGCGUGAUGUGCAGGAAGCAGUGAUCCCUUUAUUACGUGUUAUAAAGCCUGGGCGCCAUAAGGGAUCACCUUGGGUUGAAAUGAAGGUCAACCGAUUGCGUGUCCUUCGUCCAGAAGCAAAGGCAGUCAUCUCAUAUGCCAUGGAUGAGAGCAGAAAUGAUGAUGAAAUGCUGGUGAACAUAAAUGAUAUUUUCCUCACAAGAAAAGAGAUGAGAACAAUCUCUUACAAUCAUUGGAUAUCAAAUAUGGUGGUUGAAGUCUAUUGCCAAAUGCUCCAGCUGAAACAAAAGCGUAGAGGAACCAAAUUUUUCUUUCCGCCUUCGAUUGGGAUUGAACUUUCCAAGAUACCUUCAAAAGUGGUUGAUAGGAAAGGUAAAAUACAAGCAGUUUGGAACAACUAUAAAAGGAUAAGGAAUGUCGAUGAUAACAAAGUUUGCCAAUUCAAUAUGCUUUUCUUUCCAAUACUUGUAAAUGAGAAACAUUGGUGCUUGUAUGUCUUUAACAUUUGCGAUAGUCGUAUGGAUGUGUUGGAUUCAAACAAACAUUCUUCGCAUGAUAAGCGUACUCCAGACAAGAUGUCAAAAGAUUUGGUAAUGUUGGUUGAGGUAUUCACCGGAAGAGAUCUACAAAACUUCAUAUACAAUGUGCCCAACGUACCUCAACAGCCCGAUAGUGAUAGUUGUGGUGCUUUCAUGUUGGACUUCAUGGAGAAAUGGGAUGGUUCACUCAGUCACCCAAAAGAGAAGGUGGAUGUUGAUAGAUUACGUGCAAUUAUUGCUUCAAAUUUGCUUUCAGAUGACAAUAACACAAUGAAGGAUUUUGUAAAGAACAAAGCACUUUAUCCAUUUGGUCAAGCAUGUUGAUUUCAACUAACAAGGUACCAUUUACCUCAAGGAACCUCACAUACCAGUAUUUGCCCAGUUGGAAGCUAGAGGAAGUGGGAUAGGACGAUCGUUGAAUUUUCUAAAAAGUGGUACCUGAAAUGAUGUGGGAUAUGGGACAUUUGUAUUGUUGAAUAGUGUCAUUUUUUUUUCAUGUAUUUUGCACUCUGUUGGUGUUAGCUAUUUUUAAAGUUUUAAAGAAUAGUAGCUUUGCAACUUUUGAUUGUGGAUUAGGUUGGUAUAUUUUUGCAACUAUUGUAUGGCUUAUUAUAUUGGCAUCUACCUUACAUGAAAUCAA